AUGGCAGUUUUUCACCACCACCACCAUCAUCAUCACCAUCACCCGAGCUCGGACCUGCGGCGGCUCUUCCACCGGCUCACCAUCGCGUCCUCUCUGAGCAUCCUCUGCUUCUCCCUGGUCUAUCUCCUCACUGGAUGCUGCGAGUCGGAGCUGACAGAGAACUCGGAGAUCAAGCCGGCCACCCGUGAGUUCCUGGUGUCAGGAUGGUCGUCCGAGAGGAACGGUUCCAGCGUCUCCAAAGACGGUGUUACCGGGGAUGGCGAAGGCGCUUUCGCCGGUUCUCUGGAGGCGAACAGCUCGGGGAAAGAAUGGACAGCCACCCGGAGGUUACCCCAGGCUCUCAUCAUAGGGGUUAAAAAAGGAGGCACCAGGGCUCUGUUGGAGUUUCUGCGGCUCCACCCGGACAUCCGCGCCCUGGGGUCGGAGCCGCACUUCUUUGACCGGCAUUACGCACGGGGAUUGGACUGGUACAGAAGUAUGAUGCCCAAAGCCCUGGACGGCCAGAUUGUAAUGGAGAAGACGCCUCGCUACUUUGUUACUGUGGAAACGCCAGCACGAGUCCACGCCAUGUCGCAAGAUGUGAAGCUAAUUGUAGUUGUCCGUGACCCCGUGACCCGAGCCAUAUCUGACUACACACAGAUCAUCUCUAAGACCCCUGACAUCCCUCCUUUUGAGACCCUUGCCUUUAAGAACCGCACCACAGGUCAGAUCGACUCUCUGUGGAGCCCGCUGUGGAUCGGCCUCUAUGCCCAGCACCUGGAGCGCUGGCUAGCCUGGUUCCCUAGGAAUCAGAUCCAUCUGGUCAGUGGUGAGAGGCUCAUCUCCGACCCAGCUGGAGAACUGGGGAAAGUCCAGGACUUUCUAGGCCUUCAGAGAAUUGUUACGGACAAACACUUCUAUUUCAACAAAACAAAAGGCUUCCCCUGCCUGAAGAAGCCAGAGGGCAGCAGUAAACCGCAUUGCCUGGGAAAGACAAAAGGGAGGACGCACGCUUCCAUCGACCCGGAGGUGAUGCAGAAACUGAGGGAUUUCUACAAGCCGCAUAACCAGCGCUUCUAUCAGAUGGUGGGCCAGGACUUUGGAUGGCAGUGACCGUUCUGAUUUAAUGAAACCAGUGGCUUUUGUUAGCAUUAUAUUGCUUUGGGUAGAAGCCCGUGCAAUUCUGCCAACUGACUGAGACAGAUAUGAAAACUCAAAGUACAAA